AUGAUGCGUAGGCGUUGCCAAGCGUGCCCGGGCACAGUAGACCUGGAGCCCUGCUCGGGCUGCGGUCUGGCGUACUACUGUGCACGAUCCAAGAGCAGCAGCAGGAGCGGAGAAGAGCGCCGUCUCCACGGUGGUGGCCAAGGGGAGCAGGGGAAGACGGCCGAGCACGACGUGGCAUGCAAGGCUCUAGCGCAGGCGCGAGGCCUGGUGGCCCUCGAGGAGGCAAAGCUCCGCGAGUCAUCGGCCAACAGCGUAGGCGGGCUGUUCAGCGCUCCCCCGCGCGUCUUCGAGGACCACGCCGGGUACUUCUGGGACAUCGCCGAGACGCGCGAGUACCUCCGCGCGCGGCUGGCCUACACGGAGGCCCUCUUGGCCCUGGGCACGCUGGACGCCGCGGAGCUGGUGGUGAGCGAGUACGACGACAUGCUCCGGCUGAGCCAGUGGGACAUGCUCGACAUCCGGCACCGACUUCUGGGCCAGCUCGCCCGGCUGGGGCGCGGCGAGAGGUGCUACGAGCUCGUCAAGAUCUGGCUUCUCGAGGACAUGAUUGGCGACGAGGGCUCGAACAAUGUCCUUCAGGUCGCCGCGAGGCCGGCACGCAGCAACAGCAUAAGCAGCAGUGACGGUGCGACGUCGGCGACGACGACGGACCUAUUCGAAGAUCCCAGCACGGUUCUCGGACCUGCGGAGCCGUACUUUGAGCUGCUCAAGCUGGUACCCGUGCUCGUCAUCAAGAUCGGCCUGUGGCUCAACCUGCGAGAGAUGCACCAGGCCUACGGGCUGCGCUCGACGCUGCCGCCCGAGAUGGUGUGCACGGUGCAGAUGGAGCUGGCCGGGCCCGCUGUGCGCGCCAACGACGCCGUCAUGAGCGCCGUGCGCAGCGGCAAGAGCCUGCUCCCCCACGAGCGCGAGAUGAGGCUCCAGGCCGCCUCGAUCGCCAGGGCCGUAACGAAGGCCCAGGGCGGCCGGGAGUUCUGGGACCUGAUGUCCCUCACGAGCGACCCCUACGAGAAGAUUGACGAGUCCCUCGAGUCCGGCUACUGCACUGUCCAGCCGGCUCACGCCGCCUUCCGGUACAACCACGUCUCCUUCCUCGAGAUGCCGCUCGGUGUCUGGGCCGUGGAGAGCAUGCUCAGGGACGACGGCGUCGCCGACAUGCCCGACUACGACACCCCGGACCACGCAUGGGACGGCUCGGACGAGGACAUGGGCUCCGGAAAAUGA